CAAUUCCAAAGCCUUGUCUGUAUUCGAACGACAUUAUCGUCAUCGUCGGCGUUGUCUUAUCCAACCUUUUCCAAGUUCUCACCGCCACAAAACUUCCGCCCAUUUGAUCACAGGUUCCGCCAAUACGCACCGUUUUGAAGAUCUCUGCAUGGGCUCACCGAGUUAGGGCAUUCAGUUCCACAAUCUCGCUGAAAAAUAAAAAUUCCAAUACGAAAUUCCCGAAAUGGCCUCACCCAACCGAUCCGUGGACGACAUCGUCGAUACGACGCCGUUGCUCAGCAACUCGGGCGGGUCGUCCGACGAGUCCAACUCUGGGCGCCACCGAAUUGUGCGCCGCCAGAGCCUGCGCGACGCCGCGCGGUUUCUACGCCAAGCCAGCAGCCGUCGGCUCAUGCGCGAGCCGUCGAUGCUGGUUCGCGAGACGGCGGCGGAGCAGUUGGAGGAGAGGCAGAGCGAUUGGGCGUAUUCGAAGCCCGUGGUGGUUCUCGACAUCAUCUGGAACUUCGCAUUCGUCGUCGUCGCGGCAACGGUCCUGGUUCUGAGCCGAUACGAAUUGCCGAAUAUGCCCCUGAGGCUCUGGAUCAUGGGGUACGCUUUGCAGUGCGUGGUUCAUAUGAUUUGUGUUUGUGUCGAGUUUCGGAGAAGGCAGUGCCGACAGAGAAGCCGGGUUUUGGGGGUGAAUUCGACGGAGGAAGGAGUAGGGAGUGUUGGGAACUUGAGUUCUGGGUCGAGAGAGGAGGAUUCGUCAUCGCAGUACGUGUCUUUGGCUGAUCAUAUGAAUGAGGAGGGUACCAGCAGUGUUGCAAAGCAUUUGGAAUCUGCAAAUACAAUGUUUUCAUUCAUCUGGUGGAUCAUUGGGUUCUACUGGGUAUCAGCCGGUGGUCAAGCUUUAGCGCAUGCCUCCCCUCAGCUUUACUGGCUAUGUAUAAUUUUCCUGGGUUUUGACGUGUUUUUUGUCGUUUUCUGUGUUGCACUGGCAUGUAUCAUUGGUAUCGCUGUUUGUUGCUGUCUUCCAUGUAUUAUUGCACUUUUAUACGCCGUGGCAGACCAGCAGGAUGGAGCAUCCAAGGAAGACGUUGAACAGUUGUCAAAAUUCAAAUUCAGAAAAGUUGGCAAUGAGAAAGUUGCAGGUGAUACACAAGGUGGAGGAGUAAUGACUGAAUGUGGAACAGAUUCACCCAUUGAACAUGUUCUUUCGCAGGACGAUGCGGAGUGUUGCAUCUGCCUUUCUUCUUACGAUGAUGGAGUGGAGCUAAGGCAACUUCCUUGUGGCCAUCAUUUUCACUGUUCCUGCAUUGAUAAGUGGCUUUAUAUCAAUGCUACCUGUCCUCUCUGCAAGUACAACAUAUUGAAGAGUACCAGCCAUGAUCAAGUGGAAGUGUAGAAUACUUCUAACUGAACAAUUGUGCCCGUGCAUGCUGGGGGUUUACAUACAAUUCUUGCUUGAGUGUAAUCCAACGCCAAGCUUCGCACUUGACUCACUGCAGGUUUUCUAUAUGGUCAUUGUCGAUGUUGUUUCUUGUUGUAGAGUAGGUGUAGCAAUUGUCAUCGAUCUUGUUGUUCCCGUAGUGAUGAUGGCAGUGGCACUUCGUAUUUGUUGUUGCUCUGGCAUCUUUAGGUGCCUUUGUACAUGGGUAUUGCCAGGGUGUCUCCGCAGUAAUUAUAUAUCACAAAGACAGUUGUCUUGAGUUACAUUUCAAUGUGAAGGGCUCUUUGUUGCCAAUAUUGGCACUCGACGAAUGUUGACUUGAUACCUUAGAAAUGUUGUUAAAAGUUAAUAAGAUUCUUGUUCAUGAAACUUGUUAGAUUGUUGUAACAUAUAUGUGGACAGUCACACUGAUUGUAUCUGAUUUGUUGAAAGAGAGGAGCUUGUUAUGUGUUGAUUUGAGCAAGCUAUUCCUUGGCACUUGCAAUUGGAUAA